AUGGAACAAUUUAUGGAACCAUCUAUUGCUCACUUUUUCAUAAGAAGUGGAGAGACCGUGAGUCGGCAGUUCAACUUAUAUCUGAGGGCUAUACUUAAGUUGCAUGACCAUUUGCUUUACAAGCCCACACCAAUAUUAGAAGAAUGUGAAGAAGAAAGGUGGAAACCUUUUAAGAAUUGUUUAGGAGCGUUGGAUGGUACCUACAUAAAUGUAACUGUGCAUCCCCAAGAUCGUGGUAAAUAUCGGACAAGAAAAGGUACCAUUGCUAUGAAUGUGUUGGGUGUUUGUGCACCCAACAUGCAAUUUAUCUAUGUUCUUUCGGGUUGGGAAGGCUCUACUCACGAUGUCUAUGUCCUUCGCAAUGCUCUCACUAGGCCAAAUGGCUUUAGGGUUCCUAGAGGUAACUAUUAUUUGGUCGAUGGGGGGUAUACAAACUGUGAGGGUUUUCUUGCUCCAUAUAGAGGGCAACUAUAUCAUCUUAAGGAAUGGACAGAUAGACAACCACUAACUGCAGAAGAGUAUUACAAUAUGAAGCAUGCUCGAGCAAGAAAUGUAAUUGAAAGAUGUUUUGGGUUACUUAAAGGAAGAUAA